AUACGUCUUAUUUUGUUUCGACCGUCGACAAUCGGAAAUAAAUAAAAAUAAAAUACCUACCUAUCCGCUUCUCUAUACAGCUCUUUUGCGGUUGGGAAUUACUACUGUAUAUAGAUUUUGUUUCUGAAUGUGAAAGAAUGACUGACUCAGACGAUAGUACCUCCCGGUUUACUGAUCUGUACAAAAACAACUCCCGCAAGGAGCACCACCAAUCGGAACGCCGCCGGACACUGCUGGAGGAGCAGAAACGCCUUCGCCAGACUGAAAUCGACAGUUCCCGUCGCGGGCUACUGGAACUGAUCGAAACGGAGGCCGCUGACUCGGAAUGUUCGUUCGGUCAGCAGCAACGCCAUAAACCACGGGUUUGGUUUAGCAAACUCUAUCGUGACAAGGUACAGCUCUCCGAGUGGAUGUACGAACGACCGGAUGAUUUGGAAAAUUGGUUUAUGGUGCCAUGUCCGGUGGGAACUAGAUGUUUACUGGUAAUUCGACGGGGGCUAGCUGUAGCCUACGACAAAAAUGGACGAUCGAUGACGAGAUUUGCAACCAGAUUGGGGAAGAAGCAUCGGGUGACCGUGUUGGAUUGUUUCCUGACCAAGGACCGUAUUUUCUAUGCCAUUGACUUGUUGGUUUACAACGAAAUGGACCUGGUGCAGUGUGAUUGCCGGUUUCGAUUUCUCUGGCUGCGUUCCAAGUUGGAGGAGGAUGCAGUACCGGAUCAAAUAUGUAAUUCCAAGGAAUCCGGUUGGCGAUUGGAAGUUCUACCAUUGUACGACUUUAGUAAGCCGAAUCAAGUAGCGGAUUGCCUUUCUCUCUUUCCAGCGUUCAACGAGAAAGGUACUCGACUUGAUGGAUUGCUGUUUUAUCACAAAGAUUCCAACUACAUCUACGGCAGGACGCCAUUAGUUACGUGGCUGUUUCCCUUCAUGGUACCGGAUUUGCUUGGCGAAAGUUGGCGUCCAACUAUGAACCACCGGUAUUUUCAACAAAUACCAGCCGAUUACUCGCAGUUAGGCUACCGAGCCUACAUGGACGAGUUCGAUGCUAAACUGGCACGAAAGCGAUCACGCAGAAAUCAUGCACAGCAAACCGGUGGAGAUAUGGUACAAGAUACCGAUGAAAGCACUUGUACCGAGGAUUUGACCGCGUGGGAACAAAUGGAAGCGGUAACUACGAUAAAUGAGAGCUAUGAAGAUGAAGAUUGGCAACGGAAGGAACUGGAUGAAAUUCGAAGACUGGAAAUGGAAGGAUAAAUUUGCAUUCGUUUGCAGUUUUAGAUUAGAUCAUACUGGUUACCUGUGAUUGUUCCCACGAAAUAAAUCUGUUUGAUAACUAUCGCCUAA